AUGGGUGUGUUGAGUAGUUUCCGGCAGCUUGACGAAAACUCUGUCAAGCUGUGGAACGAUUUACCAGAAGAGAAAAUGGAAGAGAUGGAGGAAUUAGGCACGAAAUUGCAGAGUUUUGGAAGUAAGAGAGGAAGCUUGCUCUCUGGAUGUGGUUUAAGUGAAUUUCCAGUUGCUUGA